UCCUUUUUAUAGCUUCUGCUCGUCAGGCUUUAGAAGGUGUGAUGAAAAGUGCCAACGCGCCUUCACAUUUGGCAAUAUCGGAAAAACGAAGCCUUCCUAUUUAUUUGCCGUUCCGUGCACCGAGCAAUCUCGCGGACGCGUAGCCGGAAAUCGAAUCAGGCCGCAGGGCUGAGAGAAAAAAAUAAUCAGAAGCAAAGGGGGGAGAGAGAGAGAAAAAAAAAAGUCGAGGAGGCGGCAGCAGGCGGCGGCGAGCGAGCGAGCGGAGGAGGAGGAGGAGCAGAGAAUGUCGGCGCUGCAGAGCUGGCGCAAGGCGUACGGCGCGCUCAAGGACACCACCACCGUCAGCCUCGCCAAUCUCAACUCCGACUUCAAGGAUCUGGAUGUGGCGAUUGUGAAGGCCACGAACCACGUCGAGUGCCCGCCCAAGGAGCGCCACCUGCGAAAGAUUGCAGCGGCGACGUCCAUCGGUAGGCCUCGGGCGGAUGUCGCCUACUGCAUCCAUGCUCUUGCUCGUCGCCUCGCCAAGACCCGGAAUUGGAUUGUUGCACUGAAGACACUUGUGGUGAUCCACAGGCUUCUCCGGGAUGGUGAUCCUACAUUCCGUGAAGAGUUUCUUACUUUCACACAAAGAGUGCGGAUUUUGCAAUUAUCAAACUUCAAGGAUGACUCCACCCCUGUUGCUUGGGACUAUUCUUCAUGGGUUCGUACAUACGGUUUGUUUUUGGAGGAAAGACUGGAAUGCUUCAGGGUCUUAAAGUACGAUAUUGAAGCUGAGCGUUUGUCGAAGCAGGGUCAAGGGCCUGAAAAGGGCCACAGUAGAACCAGAGAAUUAGAUUCUCCGGACUUGCUGGAGCAAUUACCAGCACUGCAGCAGUUACUCUAUCGACUUAUUGGAUGUCGGCCAGAAGGAGCUGCAAAUAGCAAUUAUUUGGUGCAGUAUGCUCUAGCUCUGGUUCUUAAAGAAAGCUUCAAAAUCUAUUGUGCAAUAAACGAUGGAAUUAUCAACCUUGUUGACAAGUUUUUUGAGAUGCCAAGGCACGAAGCACUCAAAGCCCUUGAAAUUUACAGGAGAGCUGGACAGCAGGCUGGAAGCCUAUCGGACUUCUAUGAAAACUGUCGGGGAUUAGAACUUGCAAGAAAUUUCCAGUUUCCUACUCUGAGGGAGCCACCACAAUCAUUCCUUUCGACCAUGGAGGAGUAUGUGAGAGAGGCUCCACGCAUGGUUCCAAUUAAGGAACCUUUGGAGUUUCCUGAGAGACUCCUCCUGACAUACAAACCAGAAGAAUCAGAAGAGAUUCCUGAGCCUGUUUCUGCUGAGGAGGAAAAACCACAAAUUGAAGAACCUGCUGUUGCAGUGCCAUCUACUGAAGUAGUUCCACCACCACCUCCUAAACCUGAGGUCGUAGACACCGGUGAUUUAUUGGGAUUAAGCGAUCCAACCCCUAGUGUAUCAGCAAUAGAGGAAAGCAAUGCUUUGGCCUUGGCUAUUAUUCCUACAGGUGGUGAGACGUCAACAAGUGGCACAGCUACACUGCAAGAUAAAGGAUUUGACCCUACAGGAUGGGAACUUGCUCUUGUUACUACCCCGAGCACCAACACAAACUCAAUGGCCAUGGACAGUAAUUUGGGUGGUGGAUUUGACAAACUCAUUCUGGACAGCCUAUACGACGAGGGAACCUACAGGCAGCAGAUGCAGCAGCAGCAGCUGUAUGGUUCAGCUGCCCCCAACCCUUUCAUGGCGAGUGAUCCUUUCGCUAUGUCGAAUCAAGUAGCUCCCCCACCAUCAGUUCAAAUGGCUAGCAUGACUCAGCAGCCCCAGCAGAUGCCUAUGAUGAUGCAGCCAAAUCCCUUCGGGCCACCACUACAGCCGCAGCAUGCAGGCAUUGCUCAGGCACCCAACCCCUUCCUCGAUGCUGGGUUCGGCCCUUUCCCAGCAUCAAAUGGGAUGCACCCGCAAGCCAACCCGUUUGGAACCGCCCAACUUUUGUAGGGUCACAGUUAACACACGAGAUGGGCACUUGGGCAGUGCAAAUUCAAGUCUAUUGAGUUGCAUAUUGCAUAUUCAGAAGUGAGAUUUGCAGAUGUCGCAAUGGUAUACAUACUUUGUAUUGGCUUCUCUUGGGCUGUGUGGCCGCUUGGCGAUCUUGAUUUUUUGUAGUUCAAGCCUGUAAACCUCCUGUGCAGUAGUAUUUGUUUUUUUUUUUCACCAUUUGUGACGGCGGCUGGUCUGGGACGAUUCUCCUUGUAAAGAAAUUUAUUUUCUCUGAUUCAUAGUUACAUGUCAAAAAAAAAAGGUCGUAAAACUGGUGAUAGCUACCAGAGUAUA